AUGAGCUCGCAAUGGGAUGAGGAUAGUGAUGCUGAUAUAUUGGAGCUAGCCAAUAAGCCUCCGAGGGGCACGCAACUUACACAGAUAGAGAGUCAUGCUGAGACCGAGACAUGCGGCAACGACGAGUCUGGCACGGGAGCCAGGACGCAUGAGGACUUGGAUAAACUACAAAUGGACCUAAUGACAGCCCGUGGUGAAUCAGGGAUGCUCCGGGAUAGGCUGAUGAUGCUGCAGCAGGAGAAGGACCGGGAGCGGGAGCGGCUACUGGGCCGCGAGCAAGAGCUGCAAGGGCGUCACUUGCAGGAGCUGCAGAAGCUGCAGGAGGAGCUGCAGCGGCUGGAGGACGAGAAGCAGUUUCUAGUGCUGGAGAAGCGGCAACUAGUCAAGGGCCAUAUUGCGGCGGGAUUGCCCGCGCAGGAUAUCCAGGAUGAUUCGACUGAGGUGUCCGCAAAAAGACGUAAGACAGAGGAUAGCCUGGUGCAGACUUACGUGACUUUGAAUCAUACACGGGUGGUGACUGGUGAUUCGUCGUUGUUUUUAGACCAUAUGGUGCUUUUCAAGCUUCAUGGCAGCGAUAUGACUGUGCUGGAUAUGCUAGACCAUAUAUCGCUUGAAAGCCCCGCGUCGUGCAGUAUGCUGGUCAUUCCAAGUGGUGAACCGCUGGGCAAGCCGAUUCAUAUGAUGCUGUUGCGGUUGAAGAGCAUGCAUCCUUUGGACAAGAUGAUCGAUAUUGUUCUGGAAAACCUGGCGAUGUUAAUAAAGAAAAUAAUGCAAGGGAAGGACUGUCGGUUUGCAGUCCCAUUUCUCGUAGCCUAUAUGCAUCAGGCGCUAUCAUUUCGACCCAGUGCAGUUCAUGUGCACGCGCUGAAGGACCUCUUCCAGUUUUCGUCUGACUUGGCAAUUAAGUUUCAGCCCCUAUUAAAAAGCCCACUGCAUGCGUCUCCACUAGAGCUAGGGGUGGAGCCCAAUAUAUUCCAGUACGAGUUGCUAGAUACACUAUCGCUCUUCUACUGCUUUGAUGUCAUGGAGCUCUGUGUCAAGUACCUGCUUCAAUGCUCCCCAGAAAGCCAGAAAUCAUUCUUCGACGAGAUAAUCUGGAAGAAUAUAACUAAGGUCAUGCAAUUGUCGCUCACAAUCUCUUAUAAGUCAAUACUAAAUGUUGUGUUCAGUAUGGUAGAAAUACUUCGUGCGCUCUCUGAACUGAUUACACCUGAAGAGCUCUCCACGGUCCAAUGGUGGGAUUCUGCAAUCAGUAAGCUCUUUCAACUAUGGAACCGUCAAGUGAGCAACGCAAACCUGCACGAUAAUGAUAAUCUGCAUGUAUUACCCAAGCACAACUUCCCGGGACUCAAUCGCUGUCUGGGUGAUAGCACUAACGUGCACUUGAUUGAGGAGCUCAUAGACACAAAAGCUGUCCAAGCAAUCCCCGAGGUUAUCUACCGAGAUUUUCCACCAUUCAGUCGAGAAUGUAAAAUCCGAAUAGAGGGUUGGGGUCUGCAGCUUCAUAAGGCCACCGUCAACAUUCUCCAGCAGCUGUUGCUCCGCUACGGUAAACAGCUGGCUCAUGCAGAACUUUUGCAUCAGACAGCCAAAUUCCUGUGUAGAGAACAGGAGCUGCUCCUCGUGGUUCGGCUAACUGCUGACUCCCAUAAUUCCGAUAUGCGUAUAACACUAGCAGAAGAGCUUAUCCGGCUGUUGUACCACGCGUGGCAAGAGCACGAAGAGCCGUCUAAGGCCAUAACCGAAGUCCAAAACGAGCUUAUAGCCUGUCUCUGGCGCGUAGUCUUUGGCCACAUGAGCAAUCGGGACCCGCAGACACAGCCCGAGCUUGAUGCAUUGCUCUUGGAUUCAUUCCACGGGCUAUCCCUGAAAGAACAGCAUGACCUCUACGAUGACGUCUUCGACCAACCGGCCGCGCAAGCCUUCCUGGCGCGGGAGCUUGCCGCCGAAAACGUCCUGCGCUGCGAGACGCAGUUUAGCGGCUGUCACGCUUACACCUGCCGCGAAAUGGCCAAGUCCGUCCUCGAAAGCAUCAUCUCUCUCGAAGACACAGACUCACUUUUCCUCGCCAUGGUGUCGGAGUAG